AGCAUGUCGGAGCGGACGUGGAUCCGGCUCCUGUCUCUCCCGCUGCGCGAGUGCGAGCCUCUUGACUGAGAUUCGACACACUCAUGGACGGAGGUGCGUGCGAGAUGGAGAACCCGACGGAGAACCCCAGCAAGGCGGCGGAGUACUUGAAGGAACUGAACAAGAUCAUCGAGACCCAGCAGGGCUUGUUGGAGAAGCAGCGGGUCCGGAUCGAGGAGCUGGAGCUGCAGGUGACAGAUCUGUGCGCGGAGAAUGUGUGUCUGAAGGAGCAGCACCAGCGGCACCUGGUCACCUGCAGACUCUCCAGCCUGCCGCCCGAUCACCUGCAGGAGAGACGACACAUCUCUCUGCCUGUAGAAAUCUCAGAGAUCCCUCUUAACUUAUACGCCCCUCCAUGUAGAAGAGCCUACCCCUAUCGCAAAUGGAAGUCUGCAUCUUUCGGUGUGGAAGGUGACGCUCCGAACAGUGAGGUGGGUGCCUCUGUGGACCCCAACAGCGGCUACGCUUGUCUCCCGGUGAUCCCAGGCUGUGGGCUGGGCCCCGACCACGUGGACAGCCAGAUCUACAGCCACAUCUUGCUGCCCAGCUACUCCAGGCCCCGGCGACCCAAGCUCCAUCAUUCCCAAUCUAUUCUCCGCAAGCAAGCGGAGGAGGACGCCAUCAAGCGCUCGCGUUCGUUGUCUGAGAGCUAUGAGCUGUCCUCAGACCUACAGGACAAGCAGGUGGAGAUGCUAGAGCGCAAAUAUGGGGGGCGUUUCAUAACCCGUCAUGCAGCUCGCACCAUCCAAACAGCUUUUCGCCAGUACCAGAUGAACAAGAACUUUGAGAGGCUGAGGAGUUCUAUGUCUGAGAACCGCAUGUCCAGACGCAUCGUCCUUUCCAAUAUGAGAAUGCAGUUUUCCUUUGAAGGACCGGAAAAAGUCCAUAGUUCCUACUUUGAGGGCAAGCAGGUCUCACUUACAGAUGAUGGCACCAAAAUUGGCUCACUAAUGCAGUCGGAGCCAGGGGGAGAGAUGGGCUUACCGGCAAAGACCCAGGCCACUCAGAGUGAUUUCACUGAUGCCAUCACUGAACUGGAAGACGCCUUUUCCCGACAAGUCAAAUCACUAGCAGAGUCCAUAGAUGAUGCCCUGAACUGCCGGAGCCUCCAUGGUGAUGAUGGGCAGUGCGAGAUUGGGAGAGGUCACCAGGACACAGAGGUCAUCUCCCAGGUGAAACCUUCCCACAGUGCCUCUGAACACAGGAAACUGGAUGAAAUGACGGCGUCAUACAGUGACGUGACCCUUUACAUUGAUGAAGAAGAGCUGUCGCCGCCACUGCCUCUCUCUCAGUCUGUAGAACGACCAUCAAGCACAGAGUCCGACCUGCGGCAACGCUCCCUCAAUCUGUCACAGGACUACUGGUCCCUGGCUCACAAGGAUGAGAAAGGAGAUACAGACACGAGCUGCCGUAGCACGCCGUCCUUAGAGUGUCAAGAGCAGCGCUUGCGUGUGGACCACCUCCCUUUACUGACCAUCGAGCCGCCGAGCGACAGCUCCGUGGAGCUCAGCGACCGCUCAGAUCGCAGCUCUCACAAGAGGCAAAACGCCCACGAGCGCAACCAGAGCCCCAAAAGCAUCAGCCAUGGACAGCCGUCACGUGGGCUCUCUAGAGAAGAUGACCGGCAUCGACCUCGGCAGCUGGAGGCCAACUUGGCGAUCAAUGGUACGGCAAACCGGCAGAGCAAGUCAGAGUCUGACUUCUCGGAUGGGGACAACGACAGCAUCAACAGCACGUCCAACUCCAAUGACACCAUCAACUGCAGCUCCGAGUCCUCGUCCCGUGACAGCCUGAGGGAGCAGACGCUCAGCAAGCAGACGUACCACAAGGAAACUCGCAACAGUUGGGACUCACCUGCCUUCAGCAAUGACAUCAUUCGUAAGAGGCACUACCGCAUCGGCCUGAAUCUCUUCAACAAGAAGCCAGAGAAAGGGAUCCAGUAUCUGAUCGAGCGCAACUUUGUCCCAGAUACUCCGGUGGGAGUGGCCCACUUCCUGCUGCAGAGAAAGGGCCUCAGUCGACAGAUGAUAGGCGAGUUCCUGGGGAACAGACAGAAACAGUUUAACCGAGAUGUCCUCGACUGUGUCGUGGAUGAAAUGGAAUUCUCGGUCAUGGAGCUGGAUGAGGCUCUGAGAAAGUUCCAGGCCCACAUCAGAGUCCAGGGAGAGGCCCAAAAGGUGGAGCGCCUAAUCGAGGCAUACAGCCAACGUUACUGCAUCUGCAACCCGGGGGUGGUGCGACAGUUCCGUAACCCUGACACCAUCUUCAUCCUGGCCUUCGCCAUCAUCCUCCUCAACACAGACAUGUACAGCCCCAACGUGAAGCCGGAGAGAAAGAUGAAGCUGGAGGACUUUGUGAAGAACCUUCGAGGAGUGGACGAUGGGGAGGACAUUCCUAGAGAGAUGCUGGUGGGAAUUUAUGAGCGCAUCCGAAAGCGUGAGCUCAAGACAAAUGAGGACCAUGUGUCCCAAGUCCAGAAAGUGGAGAAACUUAUUGUUGGGAAGAAGCCGAUUGGGUCCUUGCAUCACGGUCUGGGCUGUGUGCUCUCGCUGCCGCACAGGAGACUGGUCUGCUACUGCCGACUCUUCGAGGUGCCGGAUCCAAACAAGCCUCAAAAGUUGGGCCUCCACCAGAGAGAAAUCUUCCUCUUCAAUGACCUGCUUGUGGUCACCAAAAUAUUCCAGAAAAAGAAGAACUCAGUGACCUACAGCUUUCGGCAGUCGUUCUCACUUUACGGCAUGCAAGUCUUGCUCUUCGAGAAUCAGUAUUAUCCCAAUGGCGUCCGCCUGACCUCAGCCAUCCCUGGCGCUGACAUCAAGGUUCUCAUCAACUUCAACGCACCCAACCCUCAGGAUCGGAAAAAGUUUACAGAUGACCUGCGAGAGUCAAUCGCCGAAGUCCAAGAGAUGGAGAAAUAUCGAAUUGAAUCCGAGCUUGAAAAACAGAAGGGCGUGGUCCGGCCCAGCAUCUCCCAGAGUUCCGGUCUGAAGAAAGACACUGGCAAUGGCAACUUGAGCCGAGUGAGCAUGGACGACAGCUAUGCCGUCGGUGAGGGACUGAAGAGGAGCGCCCUCAGCAGUUCGCUGCGGGACCUCUCAGACGCAGUGAGAAUCACAACCAUUCAGCUGCUGAAAAGUGGCAAGCGAGGGAGGCGCAGCAGCGCAGGAUCUCUAGACAGCAAUAUGGACGGCUCCAUCAUUAGCAGUCCCCACAUCCGACGCAGAACACCAUCUGGCCGAGACUGCCCAUCCCGCCACAGCGGCCAGUCCCUGCCCAACUCCUCCUCUCUGCUUGGGUCGCUAUUCAGCAGCAGGCGAGCCAAGUCUCCCAGCCCCGUUCCUCAGAGCCCACACCCGACUCUAAUCUCCCACACUCCGCACCCUGCCAAUCUGCACCACACAGCCCGCUCGGAGACGGAUGCCCCACUCGUCGUACACCCGCAUCACCCCCAGUUCUGCCACAUGACUCAGAACCCCCCACCUUACCAUCACCACCACCACUUCCACCCGCCGGCCCAUCUGCAGCACCCGCUGCAUCCGUACCAAACGGCCCCUGCUCACGGCCAACAGGCCUCCUUCCAGCCUCACGGCCAGCUCAGUCAUGGAGGACACAGCUCCCACCCAGGGCAUCCACCACACUCCACGCACAGCUCCCAUCACCACGGCCCAACAUCGGCGCACCCUCAGACAUCCAGCAGUACGAAGCCCAAGCACAGUGGCAUUAGUACCGUGGUGUGAGUUGGCCAGAAGCCCAUCUGACAGAAUUUCCAGGGAUUCCGGCUGCACCGUGUACUGCUGCUCCUCAACAUAGAUUUGGAACAAAAAAGCCAGACGAGACCUUGUGCCUCCUUACAUGGUUAACUGCAGCCUAUUCCCAACAGGAAACCGUUCCUUUAUACGUAAUUCAGAAAUAGUGUUUGCCUACCGCGACAUCACAACGUAGCUAGCGCGUGCACAAGUCCACCAUUACUGCUGCUGGCUGCUCCCGGAGACUGGAGGAAGGAUCAUCAAAAUGCCAUGAGCAGUAGCAGUAGCUGUACUCACUCUUAGUUCGACGGUAGCUCACAGUGCACUGUGAUAUCUCUGUUAGCAGUCAUUAAUGUGCCAAUUAUCCGAGCAUUUAACAAUGAAAUCAUAACAAUUCCUUUAUGUAUAGUGUGCAUACUAUUUUGUGAAAAGUAUAUCAACUGUCAAUAAUAUAACAAUACAAAGGAAAACUCAGUAUUUUACUUGCACUUCAGUGCCGUAGUGUUUCUUGUCCAAGGCUGAUAACACCGUUUAGGCACUUCAUUAAGCUGGAACUCUAUAAUACAUGGUUGCCUUCAAGAUGGAAGAUUGUUGGGGCCCAAGUGUUCAGUGGCCCAUUUGAAUGUCGCGCCCCUGCCCCCACAAUACUGACUUGCUCUCUGUGACUUCCUGUCUUUCUUUCCCCUGUAGAUUUUGAUGGAGGUUUUGCUUGUGUUUUCCCACUCCCCGCGAGGAAAUGCUAUGGUUUUGUCACUGAAAAAGACUGACUGGGUCUUGGGUGAAUUCACCCUGGUUUUUAACAAGUGGAUUGUGGGAUCAUAAGCGCGCGCUUCUCUGUGAAGAACUACCUGAAACUCAUUUUACUCGUGCAGUCUUAGAACUUGGAAGCGGUGCCAACAUUAAACCAUUAAAUCAUUUUAAUUCCGACGUGUUUCUAUAUACCUCUUCAAAAAAUAGAAAAACCUUGCAGAAUGCAGCAACCAUUCUCACAAAUAGUAUUAGUCACAAACCUCCUUAAUCCAGGUGAAAUCAAAACAUUGUAAACUCAUGACCUCACAUCGAAUCCACUUGCUAAAACCCGACAGCACCAAUCCUGCCACUCAUUUUUCCUGGAGACGCAACUGUCCCAUUAUUAUCAGCAAUAGCGAUGGCACUCAGUAAUAUCAAUCACACAAACAUAUUAUGGGAUGUGACACCUCCCAUCCCAUCCAAUAUUCAGAUGAAAGAGUUCACAAAGAUGGCACUUUUACUUAUCAAUGAAACUAGUCUCUCCCAGCUUAUGAGAUCUUUUUUUACUGUAUGUGCAAUAUGUAUUUACUUUAGUCCACUUCUGUUCAACUCUUUGAGUGUUGUAUUUUCUCCCAGUAUGUGUAUUUUUUUUUCUUCCUUAGCAGUUGAAGUGCGACCAUGUUACCGUUGUCGAGGCAUUAUUUUGAUGUUGAAAGAUAGAUUUAUAUGAAACGCAGUUUGUACGGGACAUUACGAUGUAAACUAUUGCUGGAGUCAGAUUAUAUUCCUUGUUCAUUACCGACUUUGUGACGUGUCAAAUGUUCUUGACAGAUGCAAGAAUUAGCUAGAAGUCAAAACAAUGGCCUGAAUUUGAAACUGUUUAGCGUUCAUGGAUAUAGAGGGACUUUUUACACCAAUAUUCUGAAACGGAGUACCUGCAUGUAAUAAUGUAUUUUGAGCCUACUUGCUGAAUAUUGUAUAUUCCUGAAAUAUAUCACUCUUGCAGUUGGUAGCAUAGUUUGGAUUUCUCAAAUUACAUCUCAAAAGAAGUCGACGCCGCACUUCUGUACGUGUCACUGUAAAAGACAACCCUAAUCUGUCUCUCGUCUCGUUCAUGUAUAGUCACGAGGGGUGGUAAAAGCAGCAGAUGAUCUUAUCACUGUGUGAAGGCAUCUGAGCCACUCGCUUCAGUAAUGUCCUCUAUUAUCCGGUGGGAAGUCAAAUGUGAUUACGGACUGUCAAAGUGUUUAAUGAAUGAAGUUCUUAUCUCAACUUUUCUGAAUGGAUUCUGUCAUUCAACAACCAAUACAUCACCAUUGUCAAGCGAUAAAUCAGUUUCUCGGCACCGAUAAAGAGUUUUCCCAAGGUACCACUUUCAAAUGAGGUGUAGCCCAAUAGGGUCUGUUGCUUUGUGGAUGGAGCACCGUGAAAAGCACAACUCAAAGAUAUAUAUCGAAUGAUGGAUUUCUGUUUGUAGUUCACUUCUUCAGUCGUCAUCUUGACAUGAAUGGUUCAACUAUUUUAAUGAAGGUGACCGAGCAGCCAUCCAUGUAAGCUGAUGAGAUUUGAGCCACAGUCUUCAAAUAAAUGUUUUUUUUUAAAUA